GCUGACUCCCUUACCUUGCGGCCGUCGCUCAAGUUUUCCCCAAUCUAGCGCUGUGACUCCCUUCACUCCGCGCUCACGGUGACGGGUGGUGCGCCGAGGUCUCACCAAAGCCUCCCAGUCCCCUAUCCUCGCCUACAGAGUCACUAAGGUCCUGCUCUUCCCUCCGGAUUCCUGCGUCGCGUGGAGAGCCUUUGGUCGGGUGAGGUAGUCGGAGCUCGGUAGACACCGGAGUUGGGUCGCCUAUGCCGGAGCGAUGCUGGCCGAGGAUCUGCACCUCAGGAAGACACCCCACCUUCCCGAGCCCUAAGGCUGAGUUUCUCCAUCAGGAUCUCUGUGUCGUUGAGGUGAUUUCCGGCGUUGAGUGGUUCAUGGUGGCAGUCCCAGCCACAACUGCCGGCUGUUGUUCUUCAUCCGGAGAUAAGAAGGACUUUGAUCGAGACAGGAGACGUGACGAAGUUGACGUCGGAUCCAGCUUACAUAUAGAGGUAGCUGAUAGUGAUGCCAGUACACUUGGGGGAUCCCGACUGCCAGUCCCACGUCACUUUCGAGGACGGGUUUCCGAUUUUGUUUAGAUUUCUAGUUGUGAGUUGAACUUUUUAAUUUUGGUAUUGUAAUAACCCUUUUGGGACUUGAUGUAUUUUGUGGUUGCUCGUUUUGUCGAGGAGUCUAGCCGGGUCGGCCCGUGGUGAGUUCUUUUGGUAUUUUUGGUACUUGUAGUUCAUUUUCCGUUGUGUUUGGUUUACCAGCCGAGUGGGCGAUUUAUUA